AUGGGUAGAGGUUCGGAAAACACCCGGCGUGGUUCCGAUUCUAUCACCAGGCUAUUAACUGGUACUUAUACAUCUCCAAGUUGGCAUGACGAGAGCGCAGAAACGAACCAUUCCAGCCUCUGCAGCUUGGGUCCUCCGUGCCCCGUACGCCUUGGCGAUUCGAUUAUCGCCCACGCUAUUAUGUCGAAGUUUUUCUCCGUUUUUCUCGCAGACAGUAGAGAUUCACAAAGAUGUGGGUUCGCCAGCAUAGAUAUCUACUGUCGGCACUACCGGCUGGUGUUGGGAGGAUGGGGUUUGGAGCCAUCUGCUAGUCUGCCAUGA